AGGCUUACUCAUCUUGGAGUCAGUGGACCUUGGUUCUAGUUCUAGUUCUAAUAUUAAAUAAAUUUGAUUCUGGUCAAGUUACUUAACAUAUUUGGGUAUUUAUUUUAAGGAAUCAGAUCACUCGAUUGUGGGGGUUUAAAGUCCGACAUUUUAGGGCAGGCUUGCAGGAUAGAAUCUCAAGCAUGACUUGAUGCUAUUGUUUUGAGGCAGAAAUUCUUCUCUGGGAAACCUCAGUUUUGUCUCUUACAGCCUUCAACUGCUUGAAUGAAACCCCCACUCACAUUAUCAAUGGUAAAUGCCUUAAUUUAAAGUCAACUCAUUGGAGAUUUUAACCACCUCUACAAAAUACCUUCACAGAAUCAACAAGGUUAAUCAUUCAUUAAAAACUGGGUACCAUAUCCUAGAUAUUUUAAGUUAUUAUAACCUUACUUUAUACAUAAGGUUGCCAUGAGUCAGUGCCAACUCAACGGCAACUAACAAUAGAUAGAUAAAUUGAUAGAAGAAAUUAAUCAUCACAGGUGUUAAAUGCAGAGUCAACUUGUUGGUAGAGAACUGCUCCACAUGGCAGGUACCAAAUACUCUGUGUAAACACAGUUUUAGGGUCCAUGAGCGUGUAAGGCUGGAUGAAAUGCCAAAGUGUAGAUGUUGUUGUUAGGGGUCAUCAGGUUGGUUCCGAUUUACAGCGACCAUAUAUACAACAGAAAGAAACACUGCCCGGUCCUGAGCAACUCUCACAAUAUUUGCUAUGCUUCAGCUCAUUGUUGCAGCAACUGAGGAGAUAGGGUUUCAUAAUUUUGACUUUUAGCCUUCUAGAUUAUUAAUAUAAUACUCAUAAUUUAUAUUUCUUUCUGUUCUCUUCUUUUAGAUAGCACCACCGGCAAAACCAAUGGAUGGCGCAAAUCACCCUGUGGUAUCAGAGUUUGUGUUCCUGGGACUGUCCAAUUCCUGGGAGAUCCAACUUGUCCUCUUUGUGUUCUCCUCAAUGUUUUAUGUGGCAAGCAUGAUGGGCAACUCCCUCAUUGUCCUUACAGUGACUUCUGACCCUCACUUACACUCCCCCAUGUACUUCCUGUUGGCCAAUCUCUCCUUCAUUGACCUGGGUGUUUCUUCUGUCACUUCCCCCAAGAUGAUUUAUGAUGUUUUCAGAAAGCGCAAAGUCAUCUCCUUUGGUGGCUGCAUUGUUCAGAUCUUCUUCAUCCAUGUCAUUGGUGGUGUGGAGAUGGUGUUGCUCAUAGCCAUGGCCUUUGACAGAUAUGUGGCCAUUUGUAAGCCUCUCCAUUACCUGACCAUCAUGAGCCCACGAAUGUGCAUCUCUUUUUUGGUGUCAGCCUGGGUGGUUGGCCUUAUUCACUCUGUGGUUCAAUUGGCUUUUGUAGUAAACUUACCCUUCUGUGGCCCCAAUGUGUUGGACAGCUUUUACUGUGACCUUCCUCGCUUCAUCAAACUGGCCUGCACAGACACCUACUGGCUGGAGUUCAUGGUCACGGCCAACAGUGGAUUCAUCUCUGCGGGCUUCUUCUUCAUACUGAUUAUUUCCUAUAUUGUCAUCAUGGUCAGUGUUCAGAAACACUCUUCAGCUGGUUUAUCUAAGGCUCUGUCCACACUUUCAGCUCACAUCACUGUUGUUGUUUUGUUCUUUGGUCCUUGGAUAUUCUUCUGUACAUGGCCGUCUCCAUCCAUACACCUAGAUAAGUUUCUGGGCAUCUUUGAUGCAGUUCUCACCCCUUUCCUGAAUCCUAUCAUUUACACUUUCAGGAAUCAAGAAAUGAAGGUGGCAAUGCGGAGAGUGUGCAAUCAGCUGAUAAGUUAUAGGAAGAUCUCUUAAUUGAUGGACCUUAUUGUGAAGA